AUGGGUACUUUGACUGCUGCUUCCUCUGUGCUUCCUUCGGAUUUCAAACCUUCACUCCCUCUAUCUGAUCACAGAGGCUCUCUCCUGCACUGUACAAAAAUACCCAAGAAAAGAAACAGGGCCAUGGUUCCUGUUGCAAGGCUAUUUGGGCCAGCCAUAUUUGAAGCGUCAAAGCUGAAGGUUCUGUUUUUAGGAGUGGAUGAGAAGAAGCACCCAGGGAGCCUUCCAAGAACUUACACCCUUACUCACAGUGAUAUCACCUCAAAACUCACUCUGGCAGUUUCACAGACUAUAGACAACUCUCAGUUGCAAGGGUGGUACAACAAGUUACAGAGAGAUGAAGUUGUGGCUGAGUGGAAGAAAGUUAAGGACAAGAUGUCUCUUCAUGUUCACUGCCACAUAAGUGGAGGUCAUUUCCUUCUAGAUCUGUUUGCAAGGCUGAGAUACUUCAUCUUCUGCAAAGAACUUCCUGUUGUUUUGAAGGCCUUUGUUCAUGGGGAUGGCAAUCUGUUCAGCUACUACCCAGAAUUGCAGGAGGCUUUGGUUUGGGGUUUACUUCCACUCAAGCAUUCCAGAAUUCAACAAGGUGGAAUGUUGGGGUCCGCUCAGUGA